UGGAAUCUUGUGUGUAACAAGAGUAUGAUACCAGGUUUAAUUACCUCUCUACAAAUGGCAGGAGUUAUGAUUGGUGCUAUUAUUACCGGCCAACUAGCUGAUUAUUUUGGUCGGAGAAAAGUAUUAUUUAUAGAGUUCUCUCUACUUAUUAUUUUCUGGUUUGGAAGUGCCUUCUCCAACUCAUGGCAACUUUAUGCUGCUCUCCGUGUGAUAAUUGGAGCUUUAGUGGGUGGUACGUUGGUGGUUAAUUUUGUUCUACCAUUAGAAUUUGUGACACCAGCUUGGAGAACAUUUUGUGGUUGUAUUGGAUUCUGGGCUGUGGGUUUAGCUAGUUUAGCUUUAUGGGCAUACCUCAUGCAUGAUUGGAGAUAUCUAACAAUGGCUACAUCUCUAGCUAGCAUACCCCUAUUAUUUACAUGGUGGUUUAUACCAGAAAGCCCACGUUGGUUGAUAAACAGAGGAAGAUUAGAAGAAGCUGAUCAAGUGUUGAAAUCUAUGGCAGUCUGUAAUAAAAGACCAGUUCCUGAUUUUGAUAGACUCAAAGAAUGCAUGAUGAAUGAAAAAAUCAGAAGACAAGAAUCAAAAAAAUAUACUUAUUGGCAUUUAUUUAGUUCCUGGAAGUUAACUAAAGGAACAUUGAUAUUAAUGUAUAGUUGGUUUGUGUCUAGUUCUGUAUACUAUGGUUUAAACUUCAAUACAAAAAAUUUAUCUGGAAAUCGCUAUUUGAAUGUCUUUAUAUCUGGAUUAGUUGAAAUUCCUGCUUUAAUAUUAGUGGUAGCUGUCAAUAAUAAAAUAGGUAGAAGGAAAACUGUAGCUAUGUUAAUGAUAAUUGCUGGUAUAUUUUGUUUAUCUAUUUUGGUAGUAGAUUUGUUAGAAAAAUCUGAAACGAUGCCAGUAUUGAUACUUGUGCUAGCUAUGAUUGGUAAAUCUGGUAUUGCUGGAGGCUGGGCAGCUGUUCAGGUAUUUUCUGCUGAAACAUUCCCUACUGUUGUUAGAAAUUUGGGUGUGGGAGCCUGUUCAACAUUUGCUAGAAUAGGUGGAAUUGUGGCACCUCAAUUAGUAUUCUUGGGUGAAGUAUGGAAACCUAUACCAUUUGCAGUAUUUGGAGUUCUAGCCUUUUUAUGUGGUUUGUUAAUGUUAUUUAUGAUAGAGACCGUGGGUCAGCCAUUACCAGAUCAAAUUAACAAAUCACAGUAUAAGACUACUAGUCAAUUAGAGGAGGAUAUACCUUUAUCUAAUGUGUUAUAA